CGAGCUGCGACGAAAUGCUGUGCGUGACGGCAAAGGAUGGCAGCGGUCACGAUCUUCCAGAUGCAGUAAACGGCUGCUUGGGUCCAACCGGCGAAUUGGUAUGCUCAAAAAAAGACGCCAGCAUCUUCGUUUAGCCCAGGGGUAUGAAGAAAGGUUGCUUGUCCAGUGGCAGACGACCUGCCUCGCUUCCAUCACGCAAGCCUGUAGCCUGGCAGGCUGGAUACCAGCAGGUAGACGCCCACUCGCGCAGUGCGACAACCAGCAGAAAAAGCGCCUACGAAGUGGCUUUGGGUGCUCUACUUCACCUGCUUCGUGCUCGUCGACGCAGUGGGGCGUGGAAUGCAGGGUUGGCGCGGGAAAGCACGCGUGGAAUUUUCGGUUAAGGUAGUCUGCGUCACAGGAAGUGAGACCCGAGCCUCUACUUCGCCAGUCGCCGCCAUUUUGGUUGGCGAAGACACUGUUUCAGGAUUGAGUGUUCUCUGUACAACCUGUCAAAAUUCCGCUUUUUUCUCCAACAAUGCCUCUGGCACAGCUGGCAGAUCCAUGGCGGCGUAUGGAACUUGCCCGCGAUACGGAGGCGGGGAGCACAGAAGACAUUCUGGUGGAUGAUGAGGGAGAUGACUCUACAAAUGAAUUGGAAAUAACCUCCGUUGCAAACAGGCAAGGGGAGAGGGCGGAUCCUUCUCAGUUUGAGUUGCUGAAAGUGCUUGGACAGGGUUCUUUUGGAAAGGUUUUUCUGGUGCGCAAGAUAACUGGGGCAGAUGCUGGAACGUUGUAUGCCAUGAAAGUUUUGAAAAAGGCUACACUUAAAGUACGAGACAGACAGAGAACCAAAAUGGAGAGGGAUAUUCUGGCAGAUGUUAACCAUCCCUUCAUUGUACGACUUCACUAUGCAUUUCAGACUGAAGGAAAGCUGUACCUGAUUUUGGAGUUUCUGAGAGGCGGGGACCUUUUUACUCGUCUGUCCAAAGAAGUGAUGUUUACUGAAGAAGACGUCAAAUUUUACCUGGCAGAAUUGGCUCUGGCGCUGGAUCAUUUGCACAGUCUAGGAAUUAUCUACAGGGACCUUAAACCAGAAAACAUACUACUUGACACAGAAGGGCACAUAAAGUUAACAGAUUUUGGCCUAAGCAAGGAGUCCAUUUUUGAUGAAGAGAAGACAUUUUCUUUUUGUGGAACAGUCGAAUACAUGGCACCUGAGGUUGUCAAUCGGAAAGGGCACAGUACAGCUGCAGACUGGUGGUCAUAUGGAGUGCUCAUGUUUGAGAUGCUGACAGGUGCUCUCCCCUUCCAAGGAGCAAACAGGAAGGAAACCAUGACACAGAUCUUGAAAGCCAAACUAGGCAUGCCACAGUUUCUUAGUCCAGAAGCUCAAAGUUUACUUCGUGCACUAUUCAAGCGCAAUCCAGCCAACAGGCUUGGUUCCUCUCCAAAUGGCAUUGAAGAUUUGAAAUCGCAUGCAUUUUUUGCAACAAUCGACUGGGAAAAAUUAUAUCGCAGAGAAAUGUCACCACCUUUUAAGCCAGCUGUGGUGCAGACAGAUGAAGUCUUCUACUUUGAUCAUGAAUUCACAUCAAAAACUCCAAAAGACUCUCCUGGAAUCCCAGCAAGUGCUACAGCUCACGAGCUGUUCCGAGGAUUUAGUUUUGUAGCUCCAGCAUUACUUGGUGAAACCAAACCUCCAGAUGAUCCCCUUGAUAAUCAUAUCAGCCUAGCUAAGCUUCCUGGGGUGAAGAUAUGCAGUUUCUCAGAAGACUAUGAACUUAAGGAAGACAUCGGCAUUGGUUCCUACUCUGUUUGCAAGAGGUGUGUGCACAAAGUUUCGGGCAUCAGCUAUGCAGUAAAGAUCAUGGACAAAGAUAAAAGGGACCCUUCAGAAGAAGUGGAGAUUCUCUUAAGGUUUGGACACCAUACCAAUGUGAUCACUUUGCGAGAUGUUUAUGACAAUGGAAGCAAAGUGUAUAUGGUCACAGAGCUAAUGAAAGGUGGAGAACUCCUAGACAAAAUUUUGCGACAGAAGUUCUUUUCUGAGCGGGAAGCAAGUGCUGUUCUAGAAGUUGUUACCAAAACAGUGGAGUAUUUACAUUCAAAUGGGGUGGUUCACCGGGAUCUCAAACCGUCCAACAUUUUGUAUGCUGAUGACAGUGGUUCACCUGAGAGUCUUCGCAUUUGUGAUUUUGGCUUUGCUAAGCAACUAAGAGCGGAAAACGGCUUGCUCAUGACACCCUGCUAUACUGCCAAUUUUGUUGCCCCUGAGGUGUUAAAAAGACAAGGGUAUGAUGCAUCCUGUGAUAUCUGGAGCUUGGGAGUGUUGCUGUACACCAUGCUGGCAGGGCACACACCUUUUGCAAAUGGUCCAAAUGAUACACCAAAUGACAUUUUAGCACGCAUUGAAGAAGGCAAGUUUACGCUUGUUGGUGGUAACUGGGAUUCAGUCUCCGCCCCAGCAAAGGAUCUAGUGAAGCGGAUGCUGCACAUUGACCCACACACUCGCCUGAGUGCAGCUCAGGUGUUGAAGCACCAGUGGAUCUCGCAGCGCCAGAUGCUACCACACCUUCCCUUGACCAUACAGGAUGCUCAGCUUGUAAAGGGAUCUUUGGCAGCUACAUUUAAAGCUUUUAAUGCCCAAAACAUCAACAAGGCUCAACUGGAACCUGUGGGUGCUUCAAGACUUGCACAGCGGCGUGGUAAAGCUCGUCCGAAGUCAUCCACUGCAUUGUAACACCUCCAUCAGAGGAGUAGACCCCAGUCUGAUUUCUCCCAAGUUUUCCUUCGUAUACAGCAGCGACUAUCCCUCAGAGCCACAACAAAUGCAUCUCUUCUUGUUGGAAAAGAGGAGAUGCAUAUUUGUAUCACUCAGCAGGAGUGAAAGAAAGUGAUACCACAUACUUACCUGCAAGUUUGUAUUUUUUUUUUUGGUCUCCUUUUUCUUGCUUAGGCACUUAAAAUAUCUUUGUGAAAUGUAUCACUACAAAGUUAACACAAAGUCUGAAUAUCAGCUUUUGUAGAUUUCUACUUGUGAGCAGAUGGCAUGUGAAAUCAAGAACAUACAAAUGGCAUGAGUGAUUAUAUUUUUUGUCUUUCUCAUAGCUCGUUCUUAAACUUUUGCUUGUCUUUCUGACUUGCUUUGACUACCACUUUUUCUUAUUAUUUGGUGAACUUUCACAACUGACAGAAGUCCUCCGAUGGUGACAGUGAUUGUUACAAAUGAUGAUGCUCGAGCAGCAGUGUUUUCCAGAUGUUGACUGCAAGAGAGAAUGAAUUAUAAGAAAGGAGACUGGGCUGCAGACUAAAUGAAGGAAUAGUGUUUAUUUUGUGAAAACUGGUCACAGACAACGGAAGUACCAUACUUGUUCAGUAUGGGUAACCACUGAUAAGAAUUUUUAUGAGGUUGGAUGGGCUUGAUUUGAAGGGCAAAUCUUCCAUUUCAUCUUGAGUGUAUGUAUUUGCUGUAGUGCAGUUGAUUGUAAUCAGUGCAAGAUUUUAUUUUGCUCAUAAACUCAACCUUUGAAAGGUUGUCUAAGUAAAGAAAUGCACAGAGGUCCUAUACGUCCCUUUCUCUGGGAAAUUUUUUGUUUGUUUGGUUUUUUUUUUCCAUCUAGGAUGUUGGACAGCAGCUAUCUUGGUCUACAGCAGUGACUGUAGACAUUUGUGAUUGAGUUUGAGUGAUGUCUGCUAUAAAGACAACAGGUUUUUGACAGCUAUUUGACCCUCUUUUUUCCGACUGCCAAUGUAACCCAGUAGUUUUGUAAAUCAUCAUCACUUUUAAAAUUUUGCUUGGUAAUAUUAUCCCAGUUACUGAUGUAAAAUUAUUACAAGUCUUGUUUAUUGAAUUGCAUAAUUUUGAAAAGUUCUACACUUCCUGAUGUACUUUUCUAAAACAACAUCUAAGCUAAUUUUGUUUAAUUGUUUAUCAAGAUGAUUCUAAUACAGGGUUUUAAUUUUAGAUGCUUAUCUACAUAGGAGUUUGCUGCAUCAUUGUAGAAUCAUUCUGCGUAGCAGUGUUAGUAGUUUAUUAUCUACUUGAUAAGGAUUGCUGUGAUUGUACUUGUUUAGCAUACAAGGUGAUGUUCUGAAGUAAAAAUCUGAAGGGGUACAUGCAAUAGAAGUUUUGCUGCACAACAUUCAGAAUCUCUGAAACAGCUCCAAAAAUGCUGGCAUACUCUAGUUUUAGGACCAGGACUAAUGACCUAUUGCUCUGAUAAACUGUUUACAAAGGGCUUCUUGGCAUACUUUGUGAAACGUGACAGUUUGGCAACUGUUUCAGCGGAGCAUUUUAGAGAAAUUUGCCAGAGAGCUGCAUAUCAACAAUAUGUACCCAGUGGAGGCUUUUGAAGGGUGAGGGCAGAGUUUUCUCAGCAUAGUUGUAGACAUGGUGUUGUGGGCUUCUCUGCAUUUGGCUGAAGCCUCAGUCAGCCAGCGCUCCAGUUCUGGGUUUUGAGGGUCUUGGGCUUGUUUUGUGAUGAAGUCAAAGGUUUGAUGUCUGGCCUCUAAACAUGACCUGUCUAGGUAUUAACUUAUGAGUGGCACAAAUGCCUUGAUAUAUCAUGAUGUGAGAGUUCAUCAUUCAUCAAAAUUUUUCUUUUCUUUUUUUUUUUUUCAGAAUCCCUUUCCUUUGCAAUGAUAAUCAUUAAUGCUAUAGACUUCUGCAUAGUGGGUUUUUAUUUUUCAGAAGCCAAAAGGGUGCUGACACUAAGUACUGCCAGCUCACGUUUUGAAGUUGCAAGAAAAAAUGUGCGUGUGCCUUUUUAAUCAAGCACUUGCUUGAUAACUUACAGAUAACACAAACACACACAGUUGAAAUUGGCUGGCAGGUUUUAUUUUCCACAUUUGACGAUUCAGAUUAGUUCUAUUAUACUUGAAACAAAAGAAAGAAAUAUCCUUUCACAUUAUGGUGAAAAAUGUAUGGGAAUUUAGCCUAUGACUUUCCAUCUUGAAAAAAGACGUUGCUGCUUUGUUUUUCAGUAAGGUUGUGAAGUUUAAAGCAUGCUAAAGGUUAAUGACAUUUUGCCUUGAACAUUUUUGUGUUGCAGAUAGACUAGAAUGGUUCAUGCUUUUCUUCACAAAACACUCAGUUUACACUAAAAUAAGAGAGGAAGUAAUGAGGAAUACUUUGGAUGGUUUCAAGGGAGUGAAGUACAAAAAGCAACAUUUGUUUUGCCCCAUUGUUUUCAUAACCUCAUUCACAUUUAACAUGUAUGCAUGGUCACAAGUUCAUUAUAAAUCAUAAAAAUGACCCCAGCAUUGGUUUAGAAGCUCAAUAUUGGAAUGAAUUUAUGUGUGCGUUGAAGGUGCUACAUGGGGGUAUAAAACAUUGUACAUGCUGAGGCAACUAAUUUUGUCCAGAGCUGAACCACAAUUUCAAUUCAUGCACAGUCGUGCCUGUUGCUCAUACUCCUUAAUAUUUUGCAUGAAAUGAGCACUGCUAAUUAGCAAGCAACAGUAUAGAUUUAAAUCUUGAAAUAUGUGCUUUUUCUUACAGUUUCUAUUUCCUCUUGUUAUUUCUUAUCCUACAUCCUACAGAAAAAAGCAUUUUUAUUUUGUCGGUCUUGACUAAUUUACUUGGCUUUGUUAAACGGGUCCUCUGCGUGUGUGUGUGUGUGUGAGAGAGAGGCCUAAGUUUCACAGUAACUCAUUGGGAAGUAAUGAAAUAAUAGACUGUGCUUCAUCAUCAAAAUAAUGAUCUUAAUGAUCAUGAAAAGUGGCUGAAAUCUUGAUAUUCUGAGAAAAAUGCUUUGGUGGUAGAUCAUUAAUCUUUGAGAGUGUAAUAAUCUUUGGAAUUUAAAAAAAAAAGGUAGAGGCAGGGUUAAACUUUCAGUUGCUUGACAUAAGGUGUUAUAGAUCUCACAUUUUUGGGGGGCCUGCUAAAGGCAGUGCGAUCUCCUCUAUUUUGCUGUCUUUCCAUCCCCAACCUUGUAACAGAUCAGGUACACUUCCAGCAGCUAGAUAAACCAGGUGGACAUAAGUUGCUAUUUCAUUUACUUGCUGGUGCGCAUUACUCUAGUUUCAGACACAGGUGCUCUAAUCACUCAGCCGUUCAGUGUACUUUCAUUUGAAUAAACAUAUUUGAGAUGGAAACUAUUUAAACAAAACAAUGUGAAGGAUUCUGAUCAUUCUUAGAAUACAUACUUCAUUCCUCAUUGCGGUCAUUAACAGCUUAUUCAAGUUCUUUUUUUCAUUAUGAUAAGUUUGUUUUAAAUCUUGUAUAUAAAGCAGACGUGGUUCAGCAGUAGGUAUAGCAUACAAGCAGAAGUGUCUUGAUUCGUGAAAAUGGCAAAUCAACAAACCAACCAUAUCAGCACCACAUUGUACAGGGAUGGACAAAGUAGGCUUGCAAUCCAUCCCCCUAAAGUCAUUUUAUUAGUUAAUGAAUUGGUGCUUGUGAUUUUGCAUGUUACUUCAUACAUGACUGGCCAGCCCAGAAUGUGUUGUUUUUUUUUUUUCAGGUACAAAAUCAUGAGUCUUAUGAUGAUAAAUUUUAAAUAAUUCUAAUAAUAAGGAUUUUGACCAGGGUACAUAGCUUAUAAACUCCAAGUGAAAGCCUCUUUAUCUGUAGACAGAUGCAGUGAAUGGUAAUAAGUUAAUGCUUGUAGGCUUUGUUGUAGAGAUGUUUAUAGUAAUUUUUAUUAAUCAUUUUAUAGCAUUUUGUAUUUAAGCAGUGUCAUGUAUUUUGCGAAUAUGAACAUGCUUGAAAUUUUGCAGUUACAUAGAAUUAUGUAGUUGCUGCUUGUUUUUUUAAUUCUACAUUCAAACAGGAUUAGAAGCAAGCAGAAAAUCAGUUUUCAAACUAAUGCAAUCUAAUUGUUAACCUUGUUAAUAGACUUUAACACAAUGUUUCUUUGAUCUGUGACAGUGGAAUUGGUGGGCUAAGGAAUUUUAGCAUUUUUUUGUUUUUUCUUCUAUUUAUUCCCUUUUCAUGAAAUGAAAAGACUGAUUUUGAUUGCUGUGUUCCUGGCAAAACAUGAAAGAAUCAGGUGUUUAUUUGUGUUUUUUUGAAGUGACCCUUACCCUACACACAGGUAUGAAAAUAUGAAGUCAUGACAAAACAAUGAUGGUGUAUCAACAUUUUGAAGUGGAGAUUGUACUAAUGUCACUGGGAAGAGCUGAAAGUGAGAGUAUGAGAGGUUUUGGAGGGUGGGGGGGGAAUGUGUGCUUGGCGUUAAUUUGUAUUAUGACAAUGGAUACCUAAUAAGUUAACAAAAACUGACAAAAAGUUCUUUAUUUUGUGUAAUACAGUUCAUUAUCUUGCUGUUGGAGUGUUAAAAAAAUUAUAUUUUUGUAUUUUAUUUCUGAUGAUUGUGUAACAAUACAUACCUUUGUUGUUAUCUGCUUAUACAAACCUUAAUUUCUCAUCAUAAACCGUUGUUUAUAGGACAGUACACAGGGUUUUUAUUUUUUAUGUGGCUUGCUGUGAUGGCAGACUGGUAACUUUGAAGUCGCCAUCCUAUCACUUUUAAAGAUGCUUCCAUUGUUGCUUUCACUCCAUGCAGAUUUUAACUAUGCACUUUCACUUCUAAACAUUUUCUGACCCUCGUAUUUUGUAGGCUGUUGUGCAGUCUGUUGAUUAAUAGAUUUACACCUAAAGCUUACAAGAAAUAUGUUGACACUUUAACACUGAAAAAGAAACUGGUUCUUAAUACUGUUUUCCUAGUUAUUUUGAAAGAUGUUUCAUCCAUAGUAAUUGAAUUUUCUGUGGUUUGCAAACUCUUGAGGCUAUUUCUAAGAAGCUACAGCAGCAACUAGAGAAUACUUACCAGUGCUUUGUUUUCUGUCAUGUUUGACUUUAUAGACACUGUAGUAAUGUAUGAACUGCUUUUAAUCAAAGUUAUAGGAUCUGAGUGACAUAUGCUGUUUUAUUUAAAGACCAAACUUCUACCAUGUGGCAAAAUACAGUUUGACCAAUGGGAGGGAGGUGAGGAGCACAUACAAUAAUGGUCAUGUUUGCUUACCUGCUUUCAUCUAGCCUGACAAGCACCCUUACCUCCCUUCCCGCAUUUGUCUCCCUUCUUUCCUAUCAAAGGGCAGAUGUUUAUCUGUUAUCUGAACUGUCCUAGCAUUUGGAAAACACUGAAAAGUUUUUGUAGAGCACCCUCCAGGGCAAAACUUUGCACAGUCACAGGUGCUUCUUUGGUCUUCAUAUGUUGAGGUGAUCGUAAUACAUGUAGAUGAUUUAAUGGGUGUGUUUAUGAAACAGUUGCUAUCACAAGGACCAUUUAAUACCAUUGACUAUAUACAGGCCUAUCAUGAUCAGUUUCAGUGUAGAAAUAUUAAUGGUGAAAUGCUUGUUUCUCAGAAUGCAUGUAAAAGUGAUGUAUGGUAUUGUGAAAGUCUUUACAUUGGUGCCAGCACCAAAUAUAGAUUGCUUUUUUUUUAAAGAUUUGAUUUACUAUAAAAUAUCUCUUAGUACAUAGGUCUCUUUACAUGGCAUCAUCAUGUUUUGUUUGAAGCGGAGUGUUACUUGUUUUGUGUAUGUAUUUGUGUGUGCAUAUAUUGUCAACACCUGCAUAUCAGUACACGGAGCGAUACAUCCUCCAUAUACUGUCAUGCGUACAUGCAUCAGUGCGAAACAGAUUGCCUUAAAUAGACAAUAGAUCAGCUGGGCUGUAAGUACCCUGCCUGUGAUAAGCACAUCAUUAGUGACUUGUGUUUUUGAUAUUGUUCAGUCUGUUAUUGAUAUGUCAUAGAACCCCUUACUUCAAGCAGUUUUUUUUUUAACUUUCCCAUCAGUGCUUCAACAUCAGGAUGAGAUCAGUAAAAGCCAUCCAUUUGCAGUCCCUCAAGCCAGGCUUCUUAUGCCUGUUUAACAUUUCAUAAGUGAUGUGUUCAGUAAUCAUAGUUGGGAGCAUGUUGGUAGGACAAUAAUUUUACGCCACCUAUUCAAAAAUUGACUACGUUCAGGAAAAUAUUUCGUCCACCCAGGAACUUAUGAGUGAUGCCCACAAAUUAUAAAAAGAUAAGACUUGUUUACAUUCUCAGGACUCAAAGCUCUAGAUAAUUUUCUUUCCUGCUAAGCCCAUAUUUCAUAUGCUUCCACUCUACUCCCUCUUCCUAGUAAUUCUUUUAAACUUUGCAUACGUCACAUUUCUCUCUCAUCCAGUCCACCUCCCCGUUUGCUCUUUGACCUCAUCGAACAAGGGACUAUUACUAAGCUUGUGGCAAGCUCUAACGAUAAUGCAGGGACGCUUCUGAAGUAAAGGAGCUACAGUACAGAAGGAUGUGGCUUUCUGUUUGUCAUGUAGGGCACUUGACACUUUAAUGCUUGCUGUUAACACAGUGUGUGAGUGUGUAUGCGUUAGUAUGUACAUGCAUGCAUGAAGAUCUCUUGAACAACAGGGAAAUGCAGUUUGUUCCUUGGCCACCCAACUAACUUUCCCUUAGAUUACAAACCUUUUGGCUUUUUAAAAGUUUAAAAUUGUACCCUUUUUGUGUUGAUGCUGUGUUUUCUGUGUUAUAUAGCAUAUUUAUCCUGUCAUGCAAUUCAUUAUUUGUUCAUAUACUCGGUAUACCUCAUAGGAGUUUAUUUUCCCCCUAUUUUCUGCAUCUCCCCUCACUGGGAUGAGCCAAAUCAGAGCUGUCAGUUCAAGAGUCAAGUUCUUUCAAUAAUGUGUUUUAUGAUGUACAGAAAUCAAGAACUAAGAUGUAAAUAUUUUUUAAAGAA